AUGACGGAACCGACAGAAAACGGCGUUACUGACAGAGCCGUGGAGCCGGUGGAGUCCGAACCGGCGGCUGUUAAAGACGAAACUUCCCUCGUGGAAACUUUUGAAAACACCUUGGAAAUAUCACAGGUUAGUUUUUCCUUUUUUUCUCUGACAGAGGAAAAGGGCAGCAGAGAGAAGCUGGAGCAGGAAGACGGACAGACAAUCUGUCUACCUGCAGCUGAAACCUCCACCUCUGAGUCAAAGUGGGAGGUUGGAGCUCCCUGUCAGGCUGUGUGGUCAGAGGAUGGGCUGGUCUACCCGGCAACUGUGGUGUCUCUGGACGCAGAGCGCUGCAGAGUUCAUUUCAACAGCUACGGCAAUGAGGAGGACGUGGAACUGAGCGCACUCCAGAGACUGAGAGCAGCUCCAGUCUGGUUGACGUUUAUGUCUCAGGACUGGAGUCCUGGUUCUCGGUGUCGGGCGGUGUAUUCAGAGGAUGGUCUGGUUUAUCCAGCCAUGGUUCUGUGGGUCAAAGGUCAGCGAUGCUGCGUUCGAUUUGACGACUACAACAAUGAGGAGGAGCAGGACAUCAGCAGCCUGCUGAACCCAGAUGAGCUCCACGGAGCCAGCAGAUCUACCACCAAGGGCAGCAGCUGGAAGUCGAUUUCAACCAAUAACUCUGACUGGAAGAGGGGGAGGAGAGAGGAGAAGCAGGAGGAGAGGAGGGGGGAGAGGAGGGACGAUCACAGCUUCUUCUGGGACCCCCUGUCAUUCAUCCCCCCUCCCCCUCCUCCUCCUCUCUGGACGUUUGGAGGGAAAGAGUCCAGCAGCUCCACGGGAGUCGACUCCACCUCCAGCAUGUUGAUGCUCUGGUACAUGUGUGGUUUCCACACCGGCAGCUUCAUGGCUCAGCAGCUGCUCAGAUCGACCUCUAAAGACUGAGAGCCAGAGAGGAUCAUGGGAGGAAAAGCUCCUGGGACCUUCGUCGUCUUUCA